CGAGAAUGGCCCAAUAAGCACAGCCUUCCCUAACAAGGGUCAUGAGCCAACAAAAUGCGUUUCGAGACCUCAUGCUAGGCUCCAGAAAUGUGAAGACAGCUCGCUCCUAUAAUCAGUCACAUGGUCACGUCAUUAAACCUGGGAAAUAAUGGCAGGUCCGGCAGCAAACGUUGAAGCUUUCCUUCGGCAGCGGUUCGACUACCUUAUAAUCGGUGGGGGGACGGCUGGCCUCGUAGUCGCGGCACGUUUGUCGGAAGAUGCGAAUCUUACUAUAGGAGUACUGGAGUCAGGGCCAGUCAUCGACAAGCUGGAGAACGUAGACAUACCCGGCUUGUAUGGACAGGCUAUAGGCACGGAUCUCGAUUGGCAGUUCGAGACCACUUCGCAGGAGGGGCUUGGUGGGCGAACACUCCCGUGGCCUAGGGGCAAGAUGCUUGGCGGGACGAGCGCGCUGAACUUCAUGACCUGGAACCGCGCGAGCCGGGACGAUUACGAUGACUGGGUACAGCUGGGCAACAAUGGCUGGGGGUGGGAUGAUCUGCUACCGUUCCUCAAGAGAUCGGAGGCCUUCCACCCUCCAGGACCAGAAAUGCAGCACACGAAUAAGGAAUACUAUGAUGACGAGGCGUUUGGAAUGAACGGCCCCGUUCAUAUCUCCUACUCAAAGGCUUAUUCAGACUCGCACCAAGUUUGGCACCAGACCUUGAACAACCUCGGCGUAGAUACGAACAGACGCCACAUGGCAGGUUCAAACGUUGGCGUAUGGACUAACAUCAACUCAGUUAAUCCGCGUUCGUACGAAAGGUCCUAUUCCAGCACAGCAUACUACCUACCGUACUCACAACGACCAAACCUCCAUGUUCUCACCGGUGUCCUGGUAAACGAGAUACUACUGAAGCAACAACAUGGCGAUUGGGUUGCCCAUGGUGUGCGCUUCGCCCACGACGGAAAACAAUACGCAGUACAAGCGCUGCGCGAAGUCGUCCUGUCUGCGGGCAGCGUACAGUCGCCUCAGCUACUAGAGUUAUCAGGCAUCGGUAAUCCGGAAAUACUCGGGAGCGCUGGGAUCGAAACCAAAGUCUCGAAUGCAAAUGUAGGAGAAAACCUUCAGGACCAUAUCACCAUGAUAUUCGAGGUGAACUCAAGCCUCGCAAACCCCGAUGACUUGAAAACCAACGACAACGCCAAAGCCGCAGCAAUGAGACAGUACACACAAUCGCAGUCAGGACCACUGACCGUACUUCCCUGCUCCAUAUGUUACUUGCCACUCUCACAUUUCGUGCCGGAGGACAUCCUCUCAUCUCUCCAAUCCAGAACAGCAGAUCUGAACAACAUCGCACAGAACAAGCGAAAGAUUCUCGCACAACGUUUCGACAGCCAGAAAAGCCUAGGCCAGAUCGAAUACAUCUUCGACCUCGGAAACUGGAACCCCUAUUUCGAGCCGGCCGCCGGCAAAAAGUACGGGACCAUGCUGCAGAUACUGCAGUACCCGUUCUCGCGAGGGUCCAUCCAUAUUCGUUCCUCAGACGCCGCAGACAAGCCCAUCAUCGACCCGGCGUACUAUUCCGGGCCGGGGGGCCAGAUGGACCUCGAGGCCAUGGUCCUCUGUGCGCGUUUCGCCGACCGCAUCUGUCGGACGGCGCCGCUCGCCCGCAUCGUCGGUGCUCGUGCCUCGCCGCCGGCUUCGGCCACGCGUGACGAGGACCUGCGUGGCUGGACCGUCGAGAACACGAUUACGGACUACCAUCCCGUGGGGACCUGUGCCAUGGGGGGAUUUGCAGGUGCUGAACAGGGUGUUGUGGAUGAGAGGCUGAGAGUCUAUGGUGUCGGGAGACUCAGGGUUGUGGAUGCGAGUAUCAUGCCCUUACAGAUAAGUGCCCACCUACAAGCCACAGUCUAUGCAAUCGCCGAGAAGGGAGCCUGCAUGAUUCUAGAGGACAGGUUAGAACGUAGACCACACAUGUAGGUAAAUACGCGACACAUCUGAUAUAAUGAUAUAAGCGAGCGGCGUAGCUAGAUAAUGGUCUU